UAAAAAAGACUAUAGGGGUGACAUCUGUAAACCGUUUUCAGAACUUUAGUCGACAAGCAAGUAAAGAGCAAGUGGUGGCAAUUGGCAAUUGGCAAUUGGCAAAGUGGUCCGUCAACGGUCGAAGUGCGCGCCUGCGGUCUCGUCGUGGUUACGUUUUACUGAUUUAUGUCACGACAAUCUGCCGAUUAAUGAAGUUAACCGCGGCGUCGAUACGCCCUUUUCUACGUGCCUUCUCCAUAGCGCCCGAACAUCGUGUUGACAUGAUCGAUUCCACCCUGAAGCCCGAAGUCGUGCUUUCGGAGAGCAGUCGUAAGGCUUGCAUCGAAAAAUUCAAGUCCAUCCGGGUGCCAAAGGCGAGCAACGUGGCAGAAGCAGCCGUUUUGGUCCCGUUAUGUUUAUAUAAAGGAGAACUCGGUUUCUUAUAUAUGCUGCGGUCCAUGAGGGUCACAUCCAAUCCAGGACAAGUAUCUUUCCCGGGUGGCAUGCGCGACGAGACUGACGUCGAUCUACGGGAAACCGCGUUGCGAGAAACCUGGGAGGAGCUCAAGAUCCCUAAGGAGAAGGUCGACGUGUGGACCGCGGGAAAUCUCAUCGGCAAGGGCAACGUUAACGUAAUGCCGGUUCUAGCUUAUGUCGGCGAGGUAGUGCCGGAAAAGCUGGAGAUCAAUCAUGACGAGGUGGAAGAAGCGUUCGUAGUUAGUUUGCAGAAAUUGUGCGAUCCUGAGCUAAUUCAUUUUACGAGUUUCCGCCAUCCAGUUAUGACCCUGCCGUGUUAUCUGGGUGGAAAGCACCGUGUCUGGGGAUUUACCGGCGCUAUCACUCACAUGGCACUCGAAUGCUUGGUGCCGCAGGUCUACAAAUACAAGUUCUUUUCAGUACGACCGAUAAUAACGAAUGAUUCUAGCGAGACGGAAUCGAAUUACUUUGAUUAUAACGCGACGCAUUCGAAGAUAUAAAGGAUAGAUUAGAGUAAAAAGAGAGCAACAGAAUUUUAAUGAAUUCAAAUUUUGAUGCUGAUAGGUUUCCAUGUUCAUAUAUGUAAUAUGGUCUAAAUUAUCGGUAACUGGAAAAUCAGAAAUAUUUUUUUAUUAUAUUGAAAAUUGAAUUUAUUAAAAUUUCGCUCGAUUUUAAAUUUUGUGUAUAAAUUUUUGAAUGUCAAAAUUUAGUUUGAAAUUGAUCAUUCAAUUCUAAUUCCAUAACUUUGGAAUGGAAUUGAAUUUAGAUAUUUUCUAUGACAUACUCAAAACUUGUUACAGAUUUUGAUCUGUGAUUUUAGCGGUUAUGGUUAUUUAGCGUAAUAUAUAUUAAUAUAUGAUAUUUAAAUAACAUCGUGUUUAU